UCUCUCUCUCUCUCUCUCUCUCUCGAAGUACUGCAGAUACAGAGCAGCAGCAGCGCUGAAACACUGUCAGCUUUUGCUUUAGUUACCGCGGUUUUAACAGGACACACAUACAUGAUUAUUGAUUAGCAUCGGCGGCCGGCUCAUAAUGGAGAACCAGCAUCGACAUCUCAUCUUCUCAGCUCCGUAAAGGCCUCUUGAGCGCCAUAAAGGCAAAAGCUCUUCUACAGUGGUGACGGCAGACCUCUUCCCUUUUUUUCCCUUUUCAAAAUCAUGGAUGAAACAGCUCCACAGGACACGUCUUCCCUCAUGAAGGGGGCCAGAGACAUUGCUAAGGUGGCCAAAAAACAAGCCGUCAAGAAAGUCAACAAAGUUGUGGAUCGAGCCUCAGACGAAUACUCCCAAAAUCGAGCCUACCAGCGCUUCCAGGAUGAAGACGACGACUACUACAGCCAGCCAGAUGGCAACUACACCAGCCACCAGGCUAAUGAUGAAGAGGGAUCCAGCGAUGCUACCGAAGGCCACGACGAUGAGGAUGAGAUAUACGAAGGGGAGUACCAGGGGAUCCCGUCUGAUGCAAAAGCCAGAGACGGGCAGGUGGCUCUGGGACAGCCACUGUCGGAUGGCCUAAAGGACCGGAGAGAGCUGGAGAACGAGAGACAGGCGGAUGAGGAGGAGCUGGCGCAGCAGUACGAGCUCAUCAUUCAGGAGUGUGGACAUGGCAGGUUUCAGUGGCAGCUCUUCUUCACGCUGGGGCUGGCGCUCAUGUCAGAUGGCGUGGAGGUCUUCGUUGUGGGCUUCGUUCUUCCCAGUGCCGAGACGGAUAUGUGUGUGCCUGAUUCAAGCUCUGGAUGGCUGGGAAGCAUUGUGUAUCUGGGCAUGAUGGUUGGCGCCUUCUUCUGGGGCGGCAUGGCUGAUAAGGUGGGCAGACGGCAAUGUCUGCUCAUCUGCAUGUCCUUAAAUGGCUUCUUCGCCUUCCUGUCAUCUUUUGUGCAGGGCUAUGGGCUCUUCCUUCUCUGCCGUAUGAUUGCUGGCUUUGGGAUUGGUGGAGCGGUGCCCAUCGUCUUCUCGUACUUUGCUGAGGUGUUGGCAAGAGAGAAGCGUGGCGAGCAUCUGAGUUGGCUCUGCAUGUUCUGGAUGAUUGGAGAGAUUUAUGCCUCCGCCAUGGCCUGGGCCAUCAUACCUCACUACGGCUGGAGUUUCAGUAUGGGCUCUGCUUAUCAGUUCCACAGCUGGAGGGUGUUUGUGGUGGUUUGCGCUCUUCCAUGCGUUUGUGCUGUCGUGGCCUUAACCUUCAUGCCGGAGAGCCCACGCUUCUACUUGGAGGUGGGGAAGCACGACGAGGCCUGGAUGAUCCUCAAGCAGAUUCAUGACACAAACAUGCGAGCGCGUGGACAGCCAGAGAAAGUCUUCACCGUGAACAGAAUUAAAAUCCCGAAGCAGAUUGAUGAGUUUGUCGAGAUGCACGAAUCGGGCAACUUUUUCUCAAAAGCGAUCUUCAGAAUAAAGACAGAGCUUCAUGGGAUUUGGUUGAACUUCUUGAAGUGUUUUAAUUACCCAGUGAAAGAGAGCACAGUGAAGCUUGCUAUUGUGUGGCUUACACUGUCGUUUGGGUAUUACGGUUUAUCUGUGUGGUUUCCUGACGUCAUCAAACACCUUCAGAACGAUGAAUAUGCCUCUAAAGGACAGCGGCAUAACAACGAGCGCAUUGAGGACUUCACCUUCAAUUUCACCCUUGAAAACCAGAUACACACUAAUAGCUUAUUCAUCAACGACAGGUUCAUAAAUAUGAAAUUCAAGUCUGUCACAUUCAUCAAUUCCACCUUUCAAAGCUGCUUUUUUGAGGAUGUGACAUCCGUUGGAUCUUUCUUUCGUAACUGCACAUUUAUAGAGGCUGUCUUCUACAACACUGAUAUUGACGAUUCCAAACUUAAGAACACAGAUGUUAUAAACAGUACAUUUUACCACAACAAAACAGGCUGUCAAAUGACUUUUGAGGAUGAUUACAGUGCAUACUGGGUCUACUUUGUCAAUUUCUUGGGAACACUAGCUGUUCUGCCUGGCAACAUUGUUUCUGCACUGCUCAUGGACAAAAUUGGCCGCUUGUCUAUGCUAGGGUUUUCCAUGAUCCUGUCAGGUAUCAGCUGCUUCUUCCUGUGGUUUGGCACCAGUGAGUCGAUGAUGAUUGGGAUGCUGUGCUUGUACAAUGGCCUAAGCAUUUCCGCUUGGAACUCCCUGGAUGUUGUGACAACAGAGCUGUACCCUACAGACAGAAGAGGAACCGGAUUUGGCUUCUGUAAUGCAUUGUGCAAGCUGGCAGCGGUCAUGGGGAAUCUGAUUUUUGGAUCUUUAGUGGGCAUCACCAAAGCCAUCCCCAUUCUUCUGGCAUCCUCGGUGCUCGUCGGUGGAGGUCUGGUGGGACUUCGACUGCCUGACACCCGCUCUAAUGUCCUCAUGUAACCCUCGUGUAAGAGGUCUGGAGAAACUCAAAAGGCUUGACUUGAAUGGUUACUUCACACCAAAAUUAAAGUUCUGCCAUCAUUUAUGCACCCUCAUGUCAUUCUAAAGCCAAUAGAAAUUUGUUUAUCUUCUGAAAAUGGAUAUAUUUUGUAAGCAUCCCAAUUAUGCUGUCUUUAAAGUUCCUUAUUUGGUUUUGGAAGUCUCCUAGAAUAAAUUUAAACCCAUUCAAGUUCAAAAAACACACUUGCUUUCUUUUAUUAUACAUUUAAAAUGACUAAAUUUCUCGAAUGAUUCAUUUGAAGAUUCAUUCUCUCUAAACCCUUUCCUACUAAGAGUUUGCUCUGUAGUGAUUAGUCUACCACUUAAACCUUUCAGAAAAAAACUCCAUUACAAUAAGUGAAGUUUUACAAACUUAAGCUGUGGUCACACUGGAUUUUUCUCCCCAUAGACGUCCAUUCAUACGCACGCGAAUGUGUCAGAACGGAAACCCAAGUUCGUGUGUCAAGUUCCGCAGUUCACUGCGUUGCAAAGUUCAAGCUUGGUGAACUCUGACCUAUGAAAUUGCAUCACGUGACUGCGUAAGCCAAUCAAGGAUCUGAACAUGACCUCUCUGGACAGACAUGUAAAAUAUAGACCAAUCGCUCGCUUUUAUAAAUGUCUAAUUAUCAUGUUUAAUCCCGCCCCUUUUCACAGCACCGUACGACAGAAUUUCUCAAUCUCAAAUUGAUCUAUUUCUCCCCUUUUUAGAUAUCUAAUCAUUUAUGUCAGAUUUAUUAAUGUAGUGAAUCAUCUAAAUUUUCAUUGAGCAGGUGUUAUAUAUGCGAGAA